UUGACAUAUCGCGAUAAGCAUCCGAGGAGCUUUAGCACUCAGCACAGGUGAGCGCUAAUUAACUACUCGACCACGCGAUGCGAGGGGCAGUUUUCUCCCAUGAAGCAACACUUUGCAGAUGUACGAAACAUGCCAAAGAACAACAACCAGACUGUACCGUUUUCUUGCAGAAGGUGCUGAGUGCAGCUGCCAGACUGGCUAAGGUGCCCAUAGUUUACUCCGUUUGCACCAAGCUGUCAGUCUUCUACAUUGACACUAAAGGCGGCCACCCCAACCUAAGGUCUGUGUGUGAGGUGCUGGAGAGCAGUGUGACAGCUGUAGUUUCACCUGUCAUGGUUAAACUGGAGCCUCAGAUUUUUGUUGCAAAUGAUGUUGCAUGUAGAAGUCUUGACUGGCUGGAGAGGGCUUUCCCGCUGCUUCACACACCCACAGAGGAGAUUGUUGCUAAUGCCAAGAACAAGAUGCAUGAGAUCCAGGAUGUGGUGAGCAUUGCAGUUUAUGGGACUAUAGACUGUGUAGAGCACACCGUGGCAUGGCUGAGGGCCGGGAUACAGCAGAUUGACGUCCAGGCGGACCAGUCACGUGUGGAGAAAGCAAUCAAAGUGGCCAGUGUGGGACUGGACUCCGCUCUGAUCAUGUCAGAAGCUCUGGUGGACCGAGUGCUUCCUCCCACUGAAGAAGAUAAAAAGGAAGAAGCUCACUUGGUGGAGGGUUUUGAGGCGGCCAUACUCUGGAGAAGAUACCCGCUGCGACUGGUUUCACUCGCCACCAAGAUGUGUAGGAGGACCUACCACAUGGUCGGGUCCAGGAUGCAGUCUGUUCAGGCCAUGGAGAAUUUGUCUUCCGUGCUGUUUCAGGACCUUCAGACCAAAUGUCUGACUGUGACAUGGAGCAUCCAUGUGCUGCCUCAGUAUUUGCAACAUCAGCUUGUUUCUGUGUUCUUCUUUAUCAACCAGAUGUACAACUUGGGCUGCCCUCCACCCAAACAGUCUCAUCAGGAUAGAAGUUGUCUCAAUGCUACGGAGACCCCAACUCGCAUGGUCCUGGUUCCCUCUCAAGUUAAGCCUACCUGCCGAAUGACGCCAUUCAAGACACCUGUUUUUAAAAAUGGGUGCAUUGCUGAAGGAUGUCUUCGUUGAUGUUUUUUUACUGUAUGGGUUUGUGCAACUGAAAAUUAAAAUUUAACAUGAAUUAA